AAGUAUGGAGAAAAAAAAACCUUUCAAUGAAAAGAUGACUCCAAAUUUUUUUUAUGUUUUAAAUUUAAAUAAUGCAAAUCAAACUGUUAUUCGUUGUUCAAAGCAUGACACACUUCAUUUAAGCACUCAACGUCAACUAUUUUAAAGUGAAAAUAAGCAGUCACAAUUAUAUUUUUAAACAGGGCUAUUAAUAUAAGAAGGCCUGAGGAAUGAUACCCAUAACUAGAGCAAACACAAAGCCACCGCCACAUGGCGUCGGUGCACUUGCACUCUUGGCCAUGUGGAGGCCGACUUAAUCAAUGGAAACGCUCGCUAGGAAUGGGAAGCGAUUGGAGCCAGUUUGGCGAGCGUAGGCGGGGAUUGGGGGUUAGGGGUUUGGGGCACAGAGAUGCCCAUAGAUGUGUGCCAGCUCUUUUCCACCAGUGUGUGAAUGCGGAACUAUUGAUUUUGCAAUAAAAGUGCGCGCGCAGAACCGAGAUUUGUGCCAAAAGCGAGAGCAGAAAAUUCACGAGACCCGCCACGAUAUAUGGCAUGUUGUCGGCGGUCAGUGAGGAGAACCGGAGAGCUGGAAAACCCGCAGAGACCCACACGGAGCCGAACUGAAUGCAGUCGCCAGCGAGGAGCAGAAAGCCUUGGGUCACGAGCCAGCUGCCAGUAACUCGAAGGGAAAAAAUAAUUACCACAAAAUAGCACUGCUCAAGAAUUAACAACUAAUUAUAGAUAAAUUAAAAAUAACCAGGAGUGACACGUUUAAAGAAGUAAAAAGGACAUCGGAGGAGUGGUUUUUGGUGCGAAUUCCCCGGACAGCACGUGAUGCAACUGUUUAGUGAUUAAAGUGAAUUUCUGUGGGGUCAGCAGGCCAAAAAUCGAUAGCUUUGCUAUCCAAAAAGGAGAAAAAACGUGCCCUCCAGCUGGAAACGUGCGCAGCCUGCAAAGUUUUCAUCCGGCCCAAAGGAAAAGUCAGAGGAAAAUCUCAACCUACGCAGGGUUAUAUAACACAACAUACAACGCCGCCCACGCAAUUUUGCAGCUAAAUCGAUAGACUAAAAACCGACAUGACGAGCUUCUAAUUGGAUUGCACGCGAGGGAUUAACCAGUGGGCUUUCAGAACCUUUCAAUUAAGAACCAAGUAAAUUACAGGGUAACCAAGGGCCAUCCGCGGAGAUGGGCAAGAAGAAGGUGCCCGUUGAGGACCUGGUCGUCCCGCCGCAGGACACUCGAAUAUGCGGCACCAUAUGCAUUUGCCAGAUGACCCUGGUCCUGAGCUCCGUGGCUCUGGUCUAUCUCACGGUGGCCAUAUACAUGCCAUCCACGCGGGCCUUCAAAAGCGGCAUCGAUCCCACUCCGGUGAUGUGCACCACCACGCGAGCGGUGAACAAGGAUAACUGCGAGUGGGGCAGCUGUGGAGAGUGGUGCCUGAGCAAAACCUCCGGCGCCUGCAUCCAGAUCUACGUGAACCUCCGCAGCAACGGAAGCAAUCUCAUAUUUCAGAAUUGCACUAAUUCCGCCAAUAAAACCUGUUAUGGCAUCGAUCAGGAUCGAGCGGAUAAAGCUCGUUGCAUAAAUGACGAGUGCAAGAACCUCACGGGUACUUUCAACUGCACUGCUGGUCAGUGCUUGAACAUCACGGAUGCCUUUGAGUGCGUCUUCCACAACAGCGAUGCACCAGUCAAAUGCUCCGGCAGGCGGGGCAAAAUCAACUGCAUGGACAUCAGUGGCUUGUACUCCUGCAGUCGCGGAACUUGCCGCAAAAUAAGGACUCCCUACAACUGCGAUAGGAGGUGUGUGGACAUCCCGACCCGGAACAAGAACGUGGUGGUUCUCAGCGGGGAUAAGGUGUAUUUAUCCCAAUGUCAGAAUGCCAUAAAUGCCGAAACCUUAGAGGAAGUCUGGAACGAGUCUAAUGAUAAUGUAGCCAUGACCUCGUGCUACUUCAUCAAGAACACCUCGGAUCAGGUGGAUGCGGUGGACUGCAUCAAUGGUUCGACCUUGGAGCACAAUAUGCUCAGCGAUCUGACCAACUUCACAUAUCUGAGCCACCUGCAUGUCUCGGUGGCCACUCCGGUGCCGGAGAUAGCACCUCCCGAUGUGGAUCUGACCAUCUCCAACGAGUCCAAGCUGAUGAUCAAUCUGGAGGGGUGCGUCAACACCCUGAUGGACGAGUGCAAAGAGUUCCUGAAGGACUUCGGUCGGGAUGGCAGUGACCACAACGCCAGGGCACGAUUCCCGUGCUUCUACUCGCCGGGCAAGAAAGACGUGGUGGUGGCCCGCUUCGACCUGGAGGUCACCUACCGUCAGUUUGUGUUCGCCUCGGUCGUGCCAUCGGUUCUCUUUGUGGUCUCCUGCUCGAUCCUGAUCAUGUGUCAGACCACCGUCUACGUGGGCGAUGAUGCCAAGAUGCGGUUCAAGGGCUGUGUGGACACGGAGACGGUCCUCAACAAGAACAACGUGGGUGCUCCCACCAACGGCGACAUGGGCGGGGGCGGCGGCGAUGAGGUUAUGGCCCUAUGAGAUCCGUCACGCAUUCCUCUGCUCCAGGAAGACAGCCCAACACACCAGACGGGAGUCUUCGCUUUGCAAUAAUUGGAGUUUGGGCACCAGCUGAAGUCAGAACACAAUCGAGCAACUUG